GUAUAACGGGCAGGAUGGGAUGGUCCACCCUCAGCCUGGACACAGAGCAAGGCUCAGCCUGGUGGAUCCCGGCUCUGAGUGCACAGAUGCCUCCUCAGACGGGCUCCAGCGAGAAGGGGACGAGUCCCAUUCCGGCCUUCCCGCAGCCUUUCACUUGGGAAGAGGUCAGGAUGCACAAUGGCCGUGGGGAGAGCCAGGAGCAGUGGCUGGUCAUCGACAGGAAGGUCUAUGAUGUCAGCAGGUUUUCCAAGAAGCACCCUGGAGGCAGCAGAGUUAUCAGCCACUAUGCUGGGCAAGAUGCCACGGAUGCCUUUGUAGCUUUUCACAACGAUAAGUCUGUGGUGAAAAAGUACUUGAGAUCUCUGCUGAUUGGGGAGCUGGCACCAGAUCAACCCAGCUUUGAGUCCAAUAAAAAGAAAUCCCUCCUGGAGGAUUUUCGUGAGCUGCGCUGCACUGUUGAGAAGAUGGGACUUCUGAGGCCAAACUACUUCUUCUUCUUCCUGGUUUUCCUUCAUGUCCUGGUACUGGAUGCUGCAUCCUGGCUCGUGAUCUGGUACUUUGGCAUCUCCUUAGUGCCUUUCCUGGCUGGCAUGGCAUUCUUCACCGUUGCUCAGAUCCAGAUGGGCUGGUUCCAGCAUGAUCUGGGGCACUGCUCUGUCUUCAGGAAGCCCAGAUGGAAUCGGGUGCUGCAGAUGGUGGUGAUAAAUGUUCUGAAGGGCUUACCUGCCAGCUGGUGGAACCACCUGCACAACCAGCACCACGCCAAACCCAACUGCUUCCGUAAAGACCCUGACCUCAACAUGCACCCCCUCCUCUUCAGCCUGGGAAAGACACUUUCUGUGGAGCUUGGAAAGAAGAAGAAGAAGUUCAUGCCUUACAAUUACCAGCAUAAGUAUUUCUUCUUGUUGGCCCCACUCGCACUCAUCCCCUUCUUCCAGCUGACUAUAUUCCACUUUACAAUCAAGAGGAAAAAGUGGUUGGACCUGAUAUUGCUUGUGUCUUUCACCAUCCGAGUUUCCCUCAUGUAUAUUCCUUUAAUGGGAUUUAAGAACUUCAUGAUAUACUAUUGGCUGUCCAGGUACUUUGAGAGCACCUGGUUUAUUUGGGUGUCACAGAUGAACCACAUUCCAAUGCUUAUAGAUUAUGAUCAGAACAAAGACUGGGUGUCUACUCAGCUCCAUGCAACCUGCAACGUGGAGCAAUCUUUGUUCAAUGACUGGUUCACUGGGCACUUGAACUUCCAAAUUGAGCACCACCUGUUCCCCACAAUGCCUCGACACAACUACUGGAAAGUAGCUCCUCUAGUGAAAAGCCUUUGUGAUAAGCACGGCAUUGAAUAUAAAACCAAGACUUUACUGACAGCCUUUGUAGAUAUUUUGCAUUCCCUGAAGGAUUCUGGGGAGCACUGGCUUGAAGCAUAUCUGCAUGGGUAAAAACUGGCAACUCUCAAAGGGAACCUCUUCACCACCCAACUGCUGCCAGGACUCAGCACAGACCAUCCAUGUGUGUGUCUUCAGGCAUAAAAACUCAGGACCUGGGCAAAGCUAAUUUCAGUAAGAAUCAAGUGGGAAAGUGGCUUAAAGAUACAUAUCUUUUUUCUUGAUCUAAACCAUGAACCUCUAUUUUUCCUGCUCUCAAUCUCAGAAUUUAGAGAUGGGCUUUUAAACUGGGGAGAAUUUGAAUCAACUUGAUGAGUUGAACUUCAUUGGAGGCACCAGCUCAUUGCUUAUGGAAGAAGUUUAAACUGAAAUUCUUUAUAAUGUCAGAGAAUCAUGGAACAGUUUGGAUUGGAAGGGACCUUAAAGAUCAUCUUGUUUCACGGGCAGGGACA